CCCGGCUCAUUAUUUGGCCGGAAGUUGUAGUUCAUUGUACCGGAAAUGGAUGCGAGGACAUGAUUUUGCCAGGACAGAAAGUGCACAUACCGGGGGCCUGUAAAUAAAAUAAUCCGCACAAAAUAAAGGGGUGGAAACCGCAAACUUAAGUGGCAGUAUUCCUGUCUGCCACCUGUAAAACAACGCGGUGCAUGCAGCCAUGUCGACAGCAGUUGAUCUGAAGACAAAAGAAGAGAAAGAUGCAGAGCUUGACCGACGGAUUGAGGCUCUUCGAAAGAAAAAUGAGGCUCUUGUUCGUCGAUAUCAGGAAAUCGAAGAAGACAAAAAGAAGGCGGAGCAAGAGGGGAUUGCCGUGACCACGGCCCGCAAACCACGAUCCCAUGAGGCCGAGUCCGACCGCAGGAGGACUGAGAAAGAGAACCUCACCAUCACCGUGGAUCUCUCCAAACCUGCUGGGGAGAAGCGCAUCAUCAAUGAGAGGAAACCAGGAGCUCCUCGUGGUGGGGUGGCCCCUGAAGAGGCCGAUCCAGCAGCAAUCCAGGGUGAGAGCUCUCCCAAGAAGCCAGGCUCGGGGAGGCUGAGCCGGGGAGGGCCGCGGGGAGGACUGUGGCAAGAACGGAUGGAGGCCCGGCAGAACAAACAGGAAGUGAAGCAGGAUAAAGCAGAGUCACGGCCUGAACGCUCACCGCGGGAGGGCGAGCCCUGGGACGGCCAGGGCCGGCCGGAACGCACUCCCCGGGGAGGAAGAAGAGGGAGGGGAGCGGGGCCUCCAGUAGGACCCGGAUCAGACCGGAAGUCGAAGGAAUGGGAGGAGAAGAGGCGGCAGAACAUUGAGAAGGUGAACGAGGAGAUGGAGAAGAUCGCGGAGUAUGAAAGAGGCCAGAGAGGAGAAGGCGAGAAGAACCCGGUCCGCAACUUCCUGGACGACCCCAGACGGUGCGGCCCCAUUCUCGAGGCCGACCGCAAGGAGGGCAGUCGCAGGCAUGUCCGUAACUGGGGCGGCCUCGACUUCGACAACGUGAAGACGGGGCCCGAGCUGGAAAAGGAAUGGACGAGUCGGAGGCCAGGCACAAAGGGCUCUGUGGACAUGACUAUGUCCAUGACAGGCCGGGAGCGGGCGGAAUAUCUCCGCUGGAAGAAGGAGCGCGAGCAGAUCGACGAGGAGCGCCUGGCCCGGCACCGCAACGCCACUGGCCAGUGGCGACGCGAGUGGGACGCUCAGAAAACCGAUUCCAUGUUCAAGGAGGAAGCUGUCGCAGAGGACGUUCAGGAUCCAGGUGUUAAGAGGGGGCGUAAUGCCAAAAUGCAGAAGGUCUCAGAGGAGAAUAAGAGGCCACCCAAGGCACCCACGUUUGGUGAUUUCUUGGGGCACGGUAAACCAAAAGAGGGGGGUCUUGGGAGCAGAGGAAGAGGGAGAGGUCAUGCAAAGAGCAAAAAUUACAGUAUGCAUGAUAAUCGCUGGGAGGGAGAGACUGAGAAGGUGCCCACAGAUGAAGAGGAUAAGAAGCUUCCUGCCAAGGAGAAGGCGGAGACAGUCGUGACCAGCAGCACCGACGCAGCGGCCGGUGAUGACGAGGACGAGUGGGAAGACGCCAGCGAUGGAGAGGAAGAGAUGGCGGAGGAAGACGUGGAAGAAGAUGUCGAGAGGGUGGCCACGUCUCCAGAGACGGCGAAAGAAAAGCCGUCUUCUCCGCCACCUACUGCCUCCCCGGUCAGCCCCAAAGAGCAACGUACGCCCCGCCCCAAAGUGCAGCUUCCAGCCCAGCAGGACACUCCCGAACCCACGAAACCCCUGAGCCCCUUCUCACCUCCGGAGGGGCACGAGCCAGUGACUGACUGGGGUGAGGAGAUGGAGAUGCAGUCGCCCCGUAGCAGUCUAGGAGAGAGUCCUCUAAAGCCCGAUAGCACUGGGAUAGAGAGUAGCCCGGAACAACAGGCUGCAAAUGGUGCCGCUGUAUCAGAAGAAGAGUGUCAGACCCCCAGCUCACCAGAGGAGGAGGACAAAGCAGAGGAAGCUGAUACAGUUCCUCCCUCUCCCUGCCCAGAGGCCACAGAAACCAAGAUUGAGGAGGAGGGAGCUGAUUUGGACUCUCAGACCCAAGAAGCUCCUCCUGGUGGAGAGUCUGACACUUUGCCCAGCUGCCCCCCAGAGGAAGGGGAGACAGCCCUCGCCCCUGUACUCCCAGAAUCCCUUCAGAGCUCAAAAGCUGAGGCCCAAGAUUCAGAUCCUGGCCCGGUAUCUGUGAGCGAGCCCUCCGAGCCGUCUUCAGAGCUCCAGACUAACUUUUCCACUGGUCGCACUGGUGCAUCAGGAAUUUAGACGAUUCUUUCUGCGAUGUUUGGUAGCAGCAUUUUUAUGAUGGCUGAUUGCCAGUUGGAGCGGUGAGGAUUUUCAAUGAUAAUGUUUCACAGGGUUACCGGAGAGGAGAAGAGCGGCUGUGACACACGUGGACUCGCUAAGACAGACCAUCACGCAUGGGAUUCAAGUCUGCCACGCGAACUUUUACCACGGCCGUGCCUUGUUUGGUGACGGCUGAUGGGGGGGGGAGCUUGGGACUUGCUACCCAGCAUCAGGGUUGCUUUUGAGAUUGAUAUUCACCUUUUUUUGGGGGGGGGGGGGGGGGGCGGUGGUUUUCUGUCAUUUUUGCUACGGAUCAUAUGCAUCACUGUGGUGACCAAGCCAAGAACGUGUGUCGCUUCCGAAUUCCUUUGUCUGAAUUUGUACAAAAAUCUAGUAUGCUUUGUCUAAGAUGUUGUUCCUCUCCAAAUCUUCCAGUCCUUGCCGCUAUACUGGAGAUUUAGGUCUCGUACAUCUUUCUGGGGCAGCCAAAUAACCCCUUUUAAAAAUAUCUGGAGCUUUUGGCAAACAUAAAAUGCAGAAGGUUUGUUACCUGCGCGGCCAUUUCAGCCAUCCUUUAAAAUGCCAUUUUCCGGAAGUCUGAUCAUGAAUAAAUCAUGGAAAUUCAGUUAGAGUCUUUGAAAUUUGGAAGAGGACUCCUUGGACGAAAAUUGUAAUUUUUUUUUUUUUUUUAAUUUGAACUAAUGCAAUUCCAGUAAUCAGUUGAAUGAUUAAGUUAUCAAAGAGGGGUGUAAGUUUAAGGCAGUUUCUGACUUUUUAUUUUGUUUUUGAAAGUGUGAAUUCAUGAAUUUGAAAAUUGUGUAUAACUGAUAUCUGCUUACAUUCCAGAUUUAUGUAGAGGUUCCUAUAAUGCAUCUCAUGUCAUGAAUAGUUAAUGAAAUUUAUGAAAUCUGCACUGCUCCCACUCAAAGUGUGUCAUCUUAUAGUAGUAGUUUGUUUAAACUGGCAGGGGUAUGUAUAAGGGAAUCAGGAUGAUGGGGGAGGGGAAAAAAAUCACUAACGUGGAAGUCCUGCAGAAUGUCAAUGUACAUGCUUUAACAUGUUAAACAUAAUGAUUUUCACUAAUGUUGUAAACAACUUGUGGGAUUUUUAUGCGUGGAGAUUUUUAUUUGAUAAAUAAACUGGACUUCCAUGCA